AUGGCUAAUCCAGCAGGUGGUACUAUCAGUAAUGGAAAAUUUCAUAAUCACCAGAAACAGAGUAAUGGCUCCCAAAGUGGAAUUCAUAAAAGAAAUGGGAUCAUUAGAGACACACAGCAAAAUGGAAAGCCACAUUUCUACAAAAAGCCAUUUGUUGAAUCUUUUGAAGAAGCACCUAUGUACAUUGCUAUUUUAACUUAUGUGAGUUAUGGUAUUGGAACAUUAUUUGGCUACCUGAGAGACUUUAUGAGAAAACAUGGAAUAGAGAAAUGUAACAUGUCUCAAGAACGAAAAGAGCAAAAAGACUUUGUGCCCCUAUAUCAAGAUUUUGAGAAUUUUUUCACCCGGAACCUUUACAUGAGAAUCCGAGAUAACUGGAACCAACCCAUCUGCAGUGUUCCAGGGGCCACAUUUGAUGUGAUGGAACGAGUGUCAGAUGAUUACAACUGGACAUUUAGGUUUACUGGAAGAAUUAUCCCGGAUGUCAUUAAUAUGGGUUCUUAUAACUACCUUGGCUUUGCAGAAAAAAGUCAUGAAAGUUUAACUACAGUAAGGAAUACACUAAAGAAAUACGGAGUGGGUGUAUGCAGCAGUAGACAGGAAAUGGGUAACCUUGAUAAACUUGAAGAGGUAGAGGAACUAGUAGCCCAGUUUCUGGGAGUGGAAGCAGCUAUGGUGUUUGGAAUGGGUUUUGCUACCAACUCAAUGAAUAUUCCAGCACUGGUUGGAAAGGGUUGCCUGAUUUUAAGUGAUGAAUUAAAUCAUGUCUCUAUUGUUCUUGGAGCCAGACUUUCAAGGGCAACAAUAUGGACCUUCAAACACAAUAACAUGCAAAGUCUAGAGAAGCUACUAAGAAAAGCUGUGAUCUAUGGCCAGCCUCGAAGUCGAAGAGCAUGGAAAAAAAUCCUCAUUCUAGUAGAAGGCAUCUAUAGCAUGGAAGGUUCCAUUGUGCGCCUGCCUGAGAUUGUUGCCUUAAAGAAGAAAUACAAAGCUUACCUCUACAUGGAUGAAGCUCAUAGUAUUGGAAGUAUAGGUCCAACAGGCCGGGGGGUCGUGGAUUACUUUGGAAUGGAUCCUUGUGAUGUUGAUGUGUUAAUGGGAACAUUCGCCAAAAGCUUUGGAGCAUCUGGAGGAUACAUAGCUGGAAAAAAGGACCUGGUGGAUUAUUUAAGAGUUCAUUCUCAUAGCGCUGUUUAUGCUGCAUCAAUGUCUCCUCCUAUAGCAGAACAAAUAAUCAGAUCUAUGAAAACACUCAUGGGACUAGAUGGAACAACAAAUGGAAUACAGAGAAUCCGGCAACUUGCACAAAAUACAAAAUACUUCAGGAAAAGAUUGAAUGAAAUGGGUUUCAUUAUUUAUGGCAAUGAAGAGUCACCUGUUAUUCCCCUGCUCCUUUAUAUGCCAAGUAAAGUAGCUGCAUUUUCAAGAAAACUACUAAAAAGAAAAAUUGGUACUGUAGUGGUGGGCUUUCCAGCCACUCCGUUAGUAGAAGCUCGGGCUCGAUUUUGUAUGUCAUCAUCACAUACUCAGGAAAUGCUAGACAGGGUCUUGAAAGAGAUUGAUGACUUAGGUGAUCUUCUGAACCUGAAAUGCUCAAGGCACAAAAAGUCAGCUCAUCCUGAACUACACAGUGAAACAAGCUUUGAACUUGAAGAUUAA